UUAUAGCCUGCUUUACUACUUCUGCUUCUGCUGCAAAGUGCUUCAAUAAAUUAUUAAAAAAGUACAGAGCGCGUAAUCCUUCCGUGCUGACUGACUAUCCCUAUUCAGCGUUAGCUGAGGAGAAUGCAAUCGAGAUGAAGUGGUGACGCAAAUGCCAUUUUUAAAAAUCACAAAUGUAUGAAUUUGUGCGAUUACAGUAAAUGACAAGCCGAGGGGGACGAAUGUAAGUCAUGGGUGACCGUUUUCACAGCAAGCAAGGAGCAAGUCUUUUCAUGCUCUGUCGUCCCUUUGAGCCCAGAGAGUCGAGUCAAAGACACCAGAUCGCUGAAAAGAGCCGCAAUACCCCUCGUUGCAACGAACGAAGUGGUUGGGAGGGGACUUUCCUUUGCACGCCGCUGUGCAGCGCACAACGGAAGCAGUACACGCUCUUCACCCGCAGGGGGCAGCAGCACGGGCCAACUAUUAGCCGAGGCUAUCGAAGCCUUGCACAGAAAUCAGCGCUCUCUCCAAGGAAACAAAACAAUAUAGAAUCUGGUUUACGGCGUGCCUCAAGCCCGGAGCCUCUCUCCAUACUACAACGCGCUUUCCCGUGGAAUGAGCAUUCCAUGCAGCAUCCUAGGUAUGAAUGACGUGGCCUGGCAGGAGACAAGAGGUGGGAUGCUGCAUGCAAAUGGCGCUCCUGAGGCCGGAGGGGUCAGGGUUCACGGUGGAGGGCCCCUAGCCGCGGUGGCGGGCCAGGCUACAGGGGGCCCCCAUUUACAGGGCAUGGAUCGGACGGGCAACCCCACGCCGGGAACACCGCAGCCGCCGUUGAGCGGUCGUUCGCAGGACGACGCCACGGUCGGCUACUUCUUCCAGAGGCAGGCCGGGGAGCAGCUGGCAGGUUGCGCGCCGGGCAAGCAUCGCUGGCCCACCGGGGACCCCAAUCAUGUUGAUCAGGUCCGCGCUGUGGAUGAAAUGAACUAUGACUUUCAAGCUCUGGCUUUGGAGUCCAGAGGAAUGGGAGAGAUUUUGCCGGCGAAAAAGCUCUGGGACUCUGAUGAACUGGCCAAGGAUGGAAGAAAAGGAAUGCUUCUUGGAGAGGAGUGGAGGGACAAUGCCUGGGGGUCAUCACACCAUUCAGUCUCCCAACCAAUUAUGGUCCAGCGACGGCCGGGUCAGGGUUUCCACGGCAACGGCGACGCCAACUCGGUGCUCUCGCCCCGCUCGGAGGGCGGAGGUUUGGGUGUGAGCAUGGUGGAGUACGUGCUGAGCUCGUCUCCCGGCGACAAGAUGGACGGCCGUUACCGGAACGGCGGCUACGGCGGAGGCGAUACAGACCAGGACGGGAGAGAGAAGAAUGAUGGCCCCGAGAAAGUCUCUCCGUUUGAGGAAGACAAGAGCCCUGAGAUGAAGGUGGGGGACGACGGCGAUUCCGCGAAAGCCAAUGGAAGAAGUUUACUGAACGGCAUGGACAGAGACUGCAAAGACUUCAAUCCAACUCCAGGAAGCCGUCAAGCUUCUCCAACUGAAUCUGUGGAGAGGAUGGGCCCGAACCAGACCGGAUUGGAGAUGAUGACCCAACAUCACGUCCACGCUCACGCCCAUGCUCACGCCCACGCCCAUGCUCACGCCCACGCCCAUGCUCACGCCCAUGCGCACGCUCACGCCCACGCGCACGCUCACGCUCUCCAACAACAGAACCACAGCAAGGGCCCAGUGGAGGACUUUCAGAACCAGGAAGGCCAGAACAUGGGUGGCAUGGAACAACAAGCCGGUGUCGAAUCCCUCCAGUUUGAAUAUGCAGGGAACCAGAUUCAAGUGGACUCCUCCGGAACCCCGGUGGGGUUGUUUGACUACAGCUCGCAGCAGCAGUUAUUCCAGCGGUCAAAUACCCUCACGGUCCAGCAGCUCACAGCAGCCCAGCAGCAACAAUAUGCCCUGGCAGCGGCUCAACAGCAGCACCUUGCUGGCCUCGCUCCCGCGUUUGUGCCAAACCCUUACAUCAUCAACGCCGCACCCCCUGGAGCUGAUCCAUACACGGCAGCGGGGCUGGCGGCAGCAGCGACUCUUGCAGGGCCCACGGUGGUUCCACCGCAAUAUUAUGGCGUUCCUUGGGGUGUGUACCCGGCCAACCUUUUUCAGCAACAGGCCGCAUCUACUGCCAAUCACUCUGCGAAUCAGCAAGCAUCCAAUCAGGGACCAGGGCCGGGCCAACCUCAGGUAAUGCGCACGGGAAACAACCAGCGUCCUCUUACGCCCGGUCAAGGUCAACAAAGUCAGCAGGAAUCUCUGGCUGCAGCGGCUGCCGCCGCAAACCCCGCACUGGCGUAUGCCGGAAUGCCCGGUUAUCAGGUGUUGGCCCCCGCAGCUUAUUACGACCAGACCGGCGCACUGGUGAUGGGUCCAAGUGCUCGAACCGGCCUCGGCGGGCCAGUUCGUUUAGUCCAAACGCCUCUCCUCAUCAACCCCGCAGCAGCCCAGGCUGCCGCUGCGGCGUCCGCGUCCGGUUCCGGUAACAACAUGCCAGGCCCUCCGGCCAACGGCAUGUACCGCUCCAUGCCUCAACCGCAGCCUCAGCCGCAGCAGCAGCAGGCUCCCCCUCAGAGCAGCGGCCUGCAGUCCAGUUCCUUCUACGGCUCCGGCUCUGUCCCCAACACCUCUCAGAGCAGCUCGCUUUUCUCGCACACAUCGGCUCCGCCGCCGCCGCAGAGCUCCUCGUUGGGCUUCAGCAGCACCGGCAGCUCGCUCGGCGUGGGUCUGGCGUCUGCCCUCGGAGGAUUCGGCUCGUCGGUGUCGAGCUCAACGAGUAGCAGCGUGUCUCGCAGGGACUCCCUGUUGACGAGCUCGGAUCUUUACAAGCGCGGAAGCAGCAGUUUAACUCCCAUCGGCCAGCCCUUUUACAACAGCCUGGGUUACUCCUCCUCACCCAGCCCCAUCGGACUCACCCCCGGCCACUCGCCUCUCACUCCCCCGCCUUCUCUUCCCUCCUCUCACGGGUCCUCCUCCAGCCUUCACCUCGGUGGCUUGACAAAUGGCAGUGGGCGUUACAUCUCCGCAGCACCCGGAGCCGAGGCCAAGUACCGCAGCGCCGGCGGCACCUCGAGCCUAUUUAAUUCCAGCAGCCAGCUCUUCCCACCGUCUCGGCCUCGCUACAGCCGCUCGGACGUGAUGCCGUCCGGCCGCAGCCGCCUCCUGGAAGACUUCAGGAACAACCGCUUUCCAAACCUUCAACUCCGAGACCUGCCUGGACACAUGGUGGAGUUCUCGCAAGACCAGCACGGAUCCAGAUUCAUCCAGCAGAAACUGGAGAGGGCCAGUCCCGCCGAGAGACAGAUGGUUUUCGGAGAGAUCCUACAAGCAGCAUACCAGCUGAUGACAGAUGUGUUUGGCAACUAUGUCAUCCAGAAAUUCUUUGAGUUUGGAAGCGCGGACCAGAAGCUGGCGUUGGCAACUCGGAUCCGCGGCCAUGUCCUUCCCUUGGCUUUACAGAUGUACGGCUGCAGGGUCAUUCAGAAAGCCUUAGAGUCCAUUUCUUCAGACCAGCAGGUAAUUAGUGACAUCGUUCGUGAGCUGGACGGCCAUGUUUUAAAGUGCGUGAAGGACCAGAAUGGUAACCAUGUGGUGCAAAAGUGCAUCGAGUGUGUCCAGCCGCAAGCUCUGCAGUUCAUUAUAGACGCCUUCCAAGGCCAGGUGUUUGUCCUCUCCACGCACCCUUACGGCUGCCGAGUCAUCCAAAGGAUUUUGGAGCACUGCACCCAGGAGCAGACUUUGCCAAUACUGGAAGAGUUGCAUCAGCACUCUGAGCAACUGGGUCAGAAAUAUCAAGGCGUAUCAUUGGAGAUGACACCCAAAACAUAUUAUACAGUGUCCCGUGAUGCACUGUUCAAGGAUCAGUAUGGUAACUACGUCAUUCAGCAUGUCUUGGAGCACGGCAGACCGGAAGACAAGAGCAAGAUCGUUGCGGAAGUGCGUGGGAAAGUCCUUCUGCUGAGCCAACAUAAAUUUGCAAGCAACGUUGUGGAAAAGUGCGUGAUCCACUCCUCGCGUGCCGAGAGAGCUCUGCUGAUCGACGAGGUGUGCUGCCAGAAGGACGGCCCCCACAGCGCCCUGUACACCAUGAUGAAGGACCAGUACGCCAACUACGUGGUCCAAAGAAUGAUCGACAUGGCCGAACCCGCCCAGCGGAAAAUCAUCAUGCACAAGAUCCGGCCUCACAUCGCCACCUUGCGCAAGUACACUUACGGAAAACACAUUUUGGCCAAACUGGAAAAGUAUUACAUGAAGAGUGGCUCCGAGUUGGGUCCAAUCGGCGGCCCCACAAACGGCCUCAUGUAGUCAAAGACGACAUUAUGGACCCCCGCCCCCCAAGUAUAUUAAGAUCUCCUUUUUGGGGGGAGGGGGGUUAAAAAAGUCAAUUUCACCCUAAACAGCUGUGACAACUGACACCUGCUAUUGUGCUGCCACAGGUGAGGUACCAUUUGACCCCCCCCCACCCCCACCCCACCCGCCAUGACCGGCAUAAGUGAGCUAGCUUUAUUUGUUGGGUAAAGCACAAGGCCGUUAAUUAUGUAACCGAUGUAUUUGACUGGUUUUCAUUUUGUACAUUUGUUUUUUUACCUUGUAAAUUCUUUGUAGAGGAAAAAAAACCCAACAUACAUUUGCCGAAACUUCUUACAAUUCACAACCAGCAAGUGACCUACUAAAAGCUAAAACAGAGUGACAACAUUCCCUUUGGUUUUUCAAACCGACUUGUGCAAGUCCGGGAAAUUGCAUAUUUACGUUUGACCCCGUGUCAAAGUCGAAACAAUAGUAACCCCCCUCCCCCAAUGCCAAAGCUGCUGAUUCCAAACAGCCUCGUCGCCCUGGGUCUUUUGAGAAAAUCCCUUUUGUGCUUGCUUGAAAUUAGUCGGGCUGACGUUGGAGAACAAAUCGUUAGUGGCUUUAUAUUUAAAUGGGGCCUUUUUUUCCCCCCCUGCCUUGCCCUCCCACUCUGACCUCCCUUGAGCGAUUGAAUCGGUCAGCAGCUUGGAUGUCUGUUGUUUUUUUUGGGGGGGGGGGUGUACCCAAAGAGACUACCUGAGCCCAAACUUGCAUUUAUCACAUGAUGUAACAGGUACUAACAAGAGAAGGUAUUAAAUGAGAGAGGGGCUUCGGUUUUGAAACGAAACUUACCAGAGCGACGAUUAUUUAACAUCGUACCGUUGUCAGGUUGAAUUUUCGUUUGAGCUCACCUCUUGAUCCUUUUUAGUGUCUUGGAGUAGAAAAUGAAUAUUGCGCUGAGCUAACUUUUAUGUACUAAAUAAUCAUCUCUAUCUUAAAAAAAAAGUAGUUUUAGUGUAGCAUCUUUUUGUGUGAUUCUUAAUUGUUGCUUUCCGGUCGCUGUUGAUGGACGAAUCCCCUCGCACCCCCAACCACAUAAGACUCAACAUUUUUAAAAGUGGGGGGGCUUUUUCCCCCAGCAUUGUAAAUGAGAUGGAAUUAUUACUGGGACUUGGAAGAAGGGAUUUUUAAGUCAGAUUUUUAAAUGCGCCAAUGUUUUGUAUUUUUCAACUCUUUGGAUUGGAUGCCGGUGGGGGCCCAUCUCAAAUCUAUCCAACUGUCCUGUAAUAAUUGUAGUGAUGGCUUUUUUGGAUUGUAGAAUAUAUGUAGUAUAUGUGCAGUUGGUAAUUGUAAGAUUAUUAUUAUUAGUUAAAGUGAGAAAAAAAUGUCUUGUGUUUAACAGGCCUUGCAAACUUGUAGUGAUGCUUUUAUUCUCCCUGUACAGUUGUACAUUUGUAACUGUUUAUGCUGUAAAUGGGAUGUCUUCUACAUUUUAGGGGGGGGGGGAGAAAAAGGCAAACAAGCGUGUGCAUUUUGGCGUGUGUAUAUUCAUCACUCCUUUACACCCCCCUUUUGAAUAUUCUGUACACAGUUUUAUUUGAGCAAGUGUUAUUUUAAAGAGAAAAAAAAUGACUAAUGUUUCAGGCUUCAUAAUCUGGCAUGUAAUUUUUGUUUUUAAAUCUAUGGGAAAAGGCCAGCCUCUUAUUUGUACUGGAGCUGCUGUAAACAUCCACUGUUGAUAGUCUUUCUGAUGUGUGACACUUUUCAAAGAAAAAAAAAAGGAUUUUUAAAACAAAACAAACACACAAAAAAUCCUCAAAAUCAGAGGCUGCCUUUUAGUUGUCUGCUGACCUCACAGGAUAUGGCAAAUAUUUUUGUACAGAAAAAGGCUGUAUUUUGAAACGGCUACUACCUUGUAAGCAAAAAAAAAGCAUUGUAAAAUAUUGUCAAUUAUAUAAAUAUGAACAUAUGAGUUUUGUCACACUGUCAAAGUCAUGUACAUUUUCAGGUGGCCUUAUGUACAUUUCCAGCUGUUAGAUGAAGAAAAACAAACUUUUUUUGGAGGCAGAAUUGUGACUGUAUGAUUAAACUGUUCUUCUAACAUUUGAA